AUGGGCAUAACUGAGGCCGCUGAUAGAAUAGCCUUGGCAGUAUUUGAGCUUGAUGAUGGGGCAGACCAUUGGUGGGAGUUAAUCAAGAAUACUCGUGACGUAGCAAGCCUAUCAUGGAACCAGUUCAGGGAACUAUUCCUAAAUAAAUAUUUCCCAAGUACUAUCCGCCAAGAACGAGUCAAGGAAUUUCAAAACUUGGAACAAGGAAAUAUGACCAUGACCCAGUAUGUUGCAAAAUUUGAAGAGCUAGCCCGUUACGCAACUAGAUACGUGGCAAAUGAUGAAGAGAAGGCAAGGAUGUUUGAGUGGGGACUGGACCUUAAAAUCAAGGGAAGAAUUCUUCCGCAACGACUCCCCUCAUAUGCCGAGGUGCUAGAAACAACAUUAGAAUCUGAAAGUGAAGUGAAUGAUGCCAGGAAGGCUUCAAACAAGAGAAAAGGGAGUCAGGUGUCUAUUGGACCUCAGAGGAACCCAAAAGGAAGCAUGACCUCAAAACCCCACUCCAGACCACAACCACAACAGCAACGACAGCAACCGCAGCAACAGAUCCAGAGAGGAGGCUAUCAACAAAGGCUGAUGGGACAAAUCCAGUGCUUUCAUUGCCAACAAUUAGGGCACAAAAAGAGCGAAUGCCCCCAACUCCCUCCAUCUAGAUACCAAGGAGGAGGUUCCGGAGCAAAUACCCAGUCAUUAGGUGGGCAGAAGCCUUGGACGAAUAAGACAGGAUCUACUGGGCAACAGCACCAGAAGAGUAAAGGAACUCAAAAUGCCAAGACCAGUGGCAACCAGAAGGCAACUGGCAAAAUCUUUGCCCUGCAAGAGGAAGAAGCGGACCCGUCUGUAAUUGAGGGUAAUUUAGUACUAUACAAUUCUUGGGUGCAUGUUUUAUUUGAUACUGGUGCAUCACAUUCCUUUAUAUCCUUUGCUUGUGUUAAGUUAUUAGAACUUGUAUGUGAACCCUUAGCAACUGCCUUAAGUGUAAUGUCACCUAUGGAAGGAUGCGUUCAGGACUUCGAUAUCAUUUUGGGCAUGGACUGGUUGUCCACCCACCGAGCGGUGAUCGACUGUUGUCAGAAGAAAGUGGUAGCUCAUAUGCAAAAUGGGACACGUUUCCUGUUUAAGGGGGAUAGACAAGACCCCAUGGUUUCAACAAAACAUCGGAUGCAGUGGCACGAUCAACUUGCGGGUAGAAUAGCAAGUCUGAUUCUAAAUGAGAAGGGCCAAGGAGAAAUAGAACUUCCGCGCGUAGUAUACGAAUAUGCAGAUGUAUUUCCUACGGAAUUACCAGGAUUGCCACCAACUCGGGAAGUAGACUUUAGCAUCGAGCUACAACUUGGAACUACCCCAAUAUCCAUGGCUCCAUAUCGUAUGCACCAGCAGAACUACGAGAAUUGA